UACCAGCAGGGGACCUAUGUCUGUAUAAAGGCUGACAUAGUUUAGAAGCACCAGCAGUUGCUGGUCUUUAGCAUCCAGGUCUUACAAACAGAGGAGUGGAACACACUGAACGACACAAAUAAUCAUGUCUCACGCUUGGGAUUAUGGAUCAAAUGACGGGCCAGAAAAGUGGGCAGAAAGCUUUCCCAUUGCAAACGGACCCAGGCAGUCUCCCAUUGAUAUCGUACCCACCCAAGCACAAAAUGACCCUUCUCUGAAGCAACUCAAAUUGAAGUAUGACCCCGCCACCGCUAAGGGCAUCCUCAACAAUGGCCAUUCAUUCCAAGUGGAUUUCACUGAUGACGACAACAGCUCAACUCUGGCUGGAGGUCCCAUCACGGGAAUAUACAGGUUGAGACAGUUCCAUUUCCACUGGGGAAGCAGUGAUGACAAGGGCUCAGAGCACACCAUUGCUGGAACCAAAUUCCCAUGUGAGCUUCAUCUCGUUCACUGGAACACUAAGUACCCAAACUUUGGAGAAGCUGCCAGUAAGCCUGAUGGCCUUGCUGUGGUUGGAGUUUUUCUCAAGAUUGGUUCCGCCAAUCCAAGACUUCAGAAAGUGUUAGAUGCUCUUGAUGACAUCAGAUCAAAGGGCAGACAGACUACAUUUACCAACUUUGAUCCUAAAACCUUGCUGCCCGCCUCUCUGGAUUUCUGGACUUACGAGGGGUCUCUGACCACACCUCCUCUACUGGAGAGUGUCACCUGGAUUGUUCUGAAAGACCCAAUCAGUGUUAGUCCUGCUCAGAUGGCUAAGUUCCGUAGCCUUUUGUUCACAUCUGAAGGAGAGGCACCUUCCUGCAUGGUUGACAACUUCAGACCCCCUCAGCCUCUCAAGGGGCGCAAAGUCCGUGCAUCCUUCAAGUAAACAGCAGUAUGGAUGCCACAACCCUCCCACUGCCUUCUGAUCAUGGUGCUUUUGAAUGGUUCACAAAAACAUUCCCAGUGAAACUGCUACUAAAAUAUAACAUACCCUUGCUUACAUUGCAGUGUUGAUAACAAGAAAGCUGAAUCUGCUCUUUGAAAACGGUCUGUUUUUGUCAUAAAUGCUUAUAUUAUUACUUAACAUGAGAAAUAGUAUUUAAAAUGCUUAUAUACUCAGUGCUUAAUAACAAUGGAAGCCCCAGCUGUAGAAACAGUGGUUUGUUAACUAAACUGGACAAAUGGGAGAAUAUUUAAUUCCCAGUUCAUCCCAGUUUGUCUUUGAUUGCUCCACUUCACACUUUAUUUCUAGCUUUACAGAAUUGUACUAUACUCCAUGUUAUUUAAUAGGAAAGACAUCAUGGUUCUUUUUGUGUUUAUGGCAAUGGGUGAAUGUCAGUUAAAUGUUUAACUGGUUGUAUGUAUUGAAGCUGAAAUACCUACAGGAAAGCACUUAUUAACAGCAAUAUUUGUGUUUUAUUAUUUCAUUAUUUUAAUUUCUUUUAAAAUUAGUUUCUAGGAAUGUUGUACCAUGAUGUUCUGCCAUAGAUACUAUGAUAUCGAUAUUUCAAAAUGAA